GUUAAAUCGAGAAAUUGAAAUUUGCGACAACACCAAUAAUGAUUUCACUGAAAUCAAACCGACUUUCCCUCCAGAUUUAACGAUAAACGAUCUCAUCAAAAAUGUUAUUAAAUUGAAAUCACCCUCAAACGCUUUUAUCGCGUACAGAAUGGCGUUAAUUAAAGAAUAUCGUAAAAAAAAUAUUAAGUUACCUCCUAUGGGCCAAUUUUCCAAAAUCACAAAACAAUCUUGGAGUAAAGAAACAGAAAAUGUAAAAGAUUUUUACAUUAAUCUAGCUAAGGAUGCCAAAUCCCAUUACAUGGAAAACAAAACUAUUCAAUUCGUAUUUGAUAGACAUAUGAGCGAUAGUCAUAUUACGACGGGUGAUGCAGAAUAUUAUGUCGACCAUUCUGGGGCACUUUCUCUUGAGAAUUCUACCAUUAGCGUUACGAAUUUUUCUGAUACGAUUUCUACUGCUAAUCCUAAUUAUAACGAUAAUAAUUUAAUCGCUAGCUAUCAAAGGCAUAUUUGUUUGUUGGAACAAUUAAAUAACAAUUUGUUUGAUAUACUUGAAUUAACUCAAGAUUAG